AUGGCCUUUUCACUUCCAAAAAAAUAUUACCUUAUCGUGCACGAUGCCAUCCGAAAGGUGUUGGGGAAUGACGCUGAGAUUUCUGCUUUCGUAACGUCCCAAGGGAAGUUUCAGUGUCACAUGCUCGUAAACUCUACGACUACCGACCCCGAUCUCUCCAACACAGACACUAGCAACCCGGUGGGUGGUAGUGCAGGCAACGCGGACAAAAAGGGGGAAGUGUGUGGUUUUGUGAAGGAAUUCGCCGCGAGGCUACAGCGCUGUCUCGGGGUUUGCGACAUUGUUGCGUGCCGUCGGCGGCUUGAUAUUGUUUUCAUGGACCGUGAGGUGCUGCGUCUUGCACUGGGAGCGCCAAGGAGAGCCAUCAAUAACUUACGGCACCCUUGCGAGAUAAACGAGGAGCCCGACUGGACACGGCGGAACCGCCUGCGGAUAUCCCUAGGCUUUGACGAGGACCUUUUCAUUGAGGUGUGUGAUUUGAAAAUUGCCCUCGCCGCUCGCCUCAUGGAGAGAUGGGUGUAUGACAAGUAUUGCAAGGGCAAUGUUGGUAAACUGAAGGGUGAGUCCGCAAAGCGGCUGCUAUGGGAGAGAGAGAGACAUCUCUAUCCGCCUGUAACAUACUGGCAAGCGCAUGGUUAUCUACUAUUACAGGAGUACCCGUGCGACCACCACAUCACUCUUGUAGGGACAAUUGCGCAAAAUUUUGCCAAAUACUACGGUGAAUUUCCCCUUGACAAUCCGUAUUGCCCUGGGGAGGACCUCAACACAAUUGGCUGCGUGCAGGAACUUUGCCGAGCAUGGAAACAGUUGCCGGUAGAUGAGGGCGGAGCGGAGGUGUUGUUGAAACUUGGUGUGGAGCCUCCGGUUCCAGAAUAG